GCGCGUCGACUGCCAUCAGUCGAUCUCGCAGGCCUGUGAGUGCUGUUUGAGAAUCACCACGACGAGUACGUUAUUUGAUAAAGAUGUUGCGUAAGGAAUAUCGAAUCACGGUUUGACAGUUUGGCGGUGUAAAGAAAAGAGCAGAAUGCAACUACAGCGAUUGUUGGUAAUUCUAGGAAUUCUUUUGGUAUUAUCCUUGCUGGCAUGUUGUCAGUCUACCGGGAAAAUUACAUUUCAGGAUACCGAUAUUAAGCAUCAAGAGGAUAAGCAAGAAAAACUCAAAGAUGUUUUAUCGCAACAGAGAGGAUUUAAUCCUGUUCAGCAUGUAGAAGAUUUAUUUAAUUACAUUGGUCUUGGAACUGGGCAAAAUGUUGAUCCAUAUUUGGCAAAGGUUAAUGAACGUUGCUUAACUGGUGAUUUAGCUGAAUGUUUCAAAUCACGAGCAUUAAACUAUUUCUCGGAUUUUUUCGAUCAUACCGAAUAUUCCUUAAAUGAUAAUAUCCGAAUUAAGCGAAUGUCUGAUCAAGUAGUUACGGAAGUACGUCGUCAGCCGUACGAAUACUCCAAUGAACCUAGAUCCGGGGAGACAGAAUGGGAUCAAAUGGUUAAUUUCAUGAAAAGGAAAAUGGAAAGAUUUGUUAAAACAAUGUCUUUCGAAUUGACCAUUCCUGAUGCGGAGACUGGUUUGAAUGAUGCAUAUAAACCGAGAUUUUUAAAUGAAAUCGCUGAUGAAAUCGAUGUACUUGAAGACAAGAAGGAUACAAUAUUUUCUCGUCAUCGACUCAGAAAAUUUCUUAUACCGUUUCUACUUAUCCUGAAACUUUUCAAGGUGAAGCUACUACUGUUAUUGCCUUUGAUUUUCGGAUUGGCUUCAUUCAAGAAAUUCCUUGGACUUUUGGCAAUUGUCAUACCUGGUGUGAUAGGUUUCUUAAAGUUUUACAAACCAUAUCCAAAUUAUUAUCCUCCAGUGUACACUAAAAACGGAGUUGCUCAACCUCAGUACGACUCAUAUUCAAACUUUGAUUAUCAUGGAGAUCAUUAUGGAAAUGUAGAUUCCUACGGCCAUGAUUUGGCAUAUCGUGGAUAUCAGCAUUAUAAAUCCUAAUUUAUUGACUUAUUUAUUAUAAGUUAAAAAACAGAUUCGGAUUACAUCAUUAAAUUUUCAAUUAAAAGUUGUUUAUUUACAAAAGUCGCAAAAAAUUCUGAUGCUUAAAUUAAAUCGUGAUAUUAUAAAGCAUAUUCUUUAUUUAUGAAGUUAUACACAUGUUAGAAUUGUAAUUUAUAUAUGCUGUGUAUAUAAUAUAUAAAUAUGUUAUAAAUGUAAUUAAAUGUGCGUGAAUGUGUAA